AUGCCUCCUGCAAAGUGCGACGUCAUUCCAAAGGAGCAAUUCACGCCUUUCGCCGAACGGCGCGCCUGCUCCGGCUGUCGUAAGAUCAAGUCACGUUGCAUCUUCCCGGACGACUCGAACAACUGUACACGCUGCCUUCGCCUCAGCAUAGAGUGUGUUGUGCCUUCGCAUCAUCGAGGCGUCAAGCUCGAAGGUCAACGUUCCAAGUCUUCCUCUUCCAUCACCCCUCUCAAGCGUCGUUCCUCCAAGAGCCAGUCGCGCGAGUCGGCCAGCCCGAGUCCCAACGACGACAUGGACGCCUCGUCCUCUGCUUCCGUCAAUCCUUUUUCGGUGCAGAGCCUCCUCGACACCACCUCAUCCGAGAGCACCGCCUCCCAGGCGCUCCUCUCGUCCACCAUGCAUUCCCACAUCCAGGAAGAGCCGGCUGUCAAAGUGGCCUCCGCCAUUGUUGGACGGCCCCUCAUCGAGUCGGUCAUCACCGCCGGUCUAUUUGACGAGGAAGAGGUGGUUGAGCUGGUGCGCUUCUAUUACGAGCACCUCAACCCCGUCAUCGCGCUUCUCGACUCGCAGAUCUACACGCUCAAGGCGCUCAAGUCCAAUCCAGACUACCGCAUCCUUCUCGCCGCCGUGUGCACCGUCUCGUCCAAGUUUGUCAAGGUGGACCGCUACCUCGAUGCUCUCGAGUUCCUCAAGCCUGCCCUCUCGCGCGUCGGUGCAGAUGACAUCGCACCGCAGCUCGAGAUCAUCCAGUCGCUCUCCAUCCUUGCCAUGUGGAAGCACCCCAAGGAUGGUAGCAGUUGGCGCAAGGUCAGGCUUGCCAUCACACAAGCCUUCGAGCUUGGCUUGCACGAGCUUUUCGGGCCUCAGAAGCGAUCCAAGUCCGGCCCAUCGAGGUCCUUCAUCCAGUCACAGCGCACCCUCAUGCAGCUCUCGUGCUUCGAGGACGGAUACCGCGAUCAACGUCACCUUCCGCCCGCCAUCGACCCCAGUCUUUUGCCUGACCCGCGCGAGUGGAUCGACUCGCUCGGCGACAUGGUGCAGGACAUUGAUGUGCGUCUCGCUGCCUCGCGUGAGAACGCCAACAUCAAACGAGACCUCAUCACAUCGCUCAAACACUCCAACAACCGCAGCCCAACACCUGGGCAGAUCAGCCGCGCCACGUGUCUGCGCAACGCGAGGCUCAUCAAGAUGGGCAUCACCGCACAGACGUGUUCGAGCUCUGUGUGGAUGAAUCCGCCGGCAAGCGAGAUCCCCUGUCAGCACUCUGGACGCCCCUGCCUGAUCUUCCAUGACACCAACACGCUGUUCAACUACCACCGUGCGCUCUACUCGAUCUACAGCUCGCCGCAGCUUUCGGGACCGGCAUUCGCGGAUGACCGACAAGCCGCGUUUCAGAAGUGCUCUGAGCUGUCGGUGCGGCUGUUUGAGCUGCUCAACGGCGUAUACGGGCAGGCGGGCUACUACCGAUACGUGCACGACAUUGUCAUCCUCAACUUGGCGGUGGCAGCGGUAUGGAUCUGCGACAAUUGGCGCGCCAUGCCGCACGAGCUGGCGACGCAGGCCUGUCUAGCGAUCCGUCAGGCCGCAGAUGCCACCUCGCCGUCGUUGGAGCACCACCUGGAGCAAGGUUCAUAUCUGGCGCGGUUCUUGCGAUUCUGCUGCAAGAAGCUGCCGUCUACGAUUUCGAUCAACGAGAACUCGCCCAUCAACGCCGAAGAUCUCGUCAUUUCCGAGGAUGCCAAAUGGGCAAUGGGCAUGAACCCGUUUACGCAAAUGUCGAACCAUGCGUUUGGUCGACCACCGUCCAGCUCGGGGCCGCCCGGGCCCUUCCGCUCUCCGUACAUCCCAGGCGCAUCUCCCAUCAACGCCAACGGCAACGGCAUGCCAAUGCCCCAGUACGGCGGACCUCAUCAUGGCAGCAGCAACGGCAACGGCGCACAUCACGGCAUGUAUCACAGUGCAGGGAGCCAGGCAUCGGGCUCGCCAUCGCUGGUGUCCACCUCGUCACCGCAGGGAGCUCAGAGUCAUUUCGCCAACGGAAGCGCCAACGGCGGCGAUCCUUCGCUCAUAUUCAGCAACGGUCACAGCAACGGUCACGGUCACGGCCACGGCCACGGCCACCAUCACGGCCACGGACAGCCACACGGUCGUCCGCCACAUCAUCAAUCGGCUUCGAUGAACAACCAGACGCUGCAGUACCUCUCGGAAAGCCUGGUGCCGCCAGCAUACCCGAUGAACUGGGACACGUACGACGACAACUCGAUCAUCACGUUCCUCCAGUCCAUUUCGAGCGCGUCUGGUGCUCGGCCUCACUCUAACACCACGGUGAACGACACCGUCACGCGCAAGAAGCACUGCAUCGACGAAGGGACAUCGUACCCGGCACCUCCCAACACCAUGACCACAAUCUCAGGUCCCAGCGUCAAUUCCACCACAACCAAACCACGCUCCACCAAACUUCGCAAAUCCCAAACACGUCAGCACCAACUUCGUUGGAUCCAUCUCAUAGAUUCCUGGCACUCAUCCAGUGAAUCUCCACGCGAUCAACUCGUUGAAGAGAUCUCGCAACACGCACAAACCCUCUGUCGCACCAUCACCGAUCGAUCCUGGCUCAUCGACGCUUUCCACCUCGCGAUCGAUGCCGUCCUCUUCCCCACUACCCAACCGGAAGAUUCGGAAGAGCUCGAGAGGAUCGAACAGUUGGGACAGCAGCUGCUGCAGCUAGCGGUGCACUCGGUCGCUUCGGCGUUCCUAGCCAGUCUGCGACCGGACGAUGACAGAUGCGAUACAGUGAAGAAGGUGAAGGACGAGUGGGAGAGGCUGGCGAGACGGCUGUCGAUGUAUCAGAGGCUGCGCGGUACGCAGCUGUCGAUCCCGGUGCUGCCGUUGACGCUGGUGUUGAGGGAAUCGAGUGCCUCGGUUCUGCUGUGUCUGGCUUCACUUCCGCAGGCUUCCGAAGCAGUGGCGCCUCUUCUGCAACACUUUGCCUGGUUGGUGGAAGAGUCGGCGGAAGCGAAGUUGUCGAUCGUCGCACAGCUGCUGAGUUCUACGCAGGAGUACAGUAAGCUAGCUGCAUCUGGCGUGCUGAUCGGUUGGAAGGAUGGAAAGGAAUCGAGCCUCUGGCAGUCAGCAACGAGUGUUCGACCGCGGACGGUGGACGACUUGGUCGGGUUUUACAGCGGUGUAUUGGAGGAUUGGAGGCAAAGCGGAUCGAUAGAGCAGGCGAGGGUGUUGCUUGCAGUGCUGGAGGAGGUGAUGCAGGGCGAAGAUGGUCGGGCAGCCGUCGUGAUAAUUCAAAGCAAUUUCUUUGGGGAUCGGCAGAGGGGUCAGCAGGAGAUCACGUCCGUCGUGAAGCAGCGAUUCGACCUAUCCUCUGUACAAGAUCUCGCAGCAAAAGUGUCUGCCGCGGGCACAAACAACGCCGCCAUCAAGGGUCUUGCUCGUGAGGUCCUCGCCUCACACCAAGAUACCGAUGCAGCCUUCAGUCGCGUAACGCAGCUAGUGGACACCAAGGACAGCGUUUCCGUUCGGACCUUGGCCCUAGAGGUGGUUUCACAGGCAUCGGCGAGCGCAGCUUCCCGCACAGCACCCCUUCUCGCAUCGAUCCUGUAUGCAAGACCUGCAGUCGGUGGCUUUCGGCUCGACCUCAACACCCCACCAGCAUUCCUGAAGCGAGCCGAGUCUCUGUUGAAGGGCACGAAUGUUUCCAGCGGAAGUGUGACUGGCAGUCCCGCGCUUGGGAAUGCUCUUGGACAGGCUCUCGAUCUGGAUACGCGGAGCGUCGUGCCGGCAUGUCAGUUGUUCGCGUUGCUAUCCUGCGAGUCUGACGGUGAAGUGUGGGGUGACUUGGAAAGGCAUCUUGGAUGGUUGGGAUCGCUGGCAUCGCUGCUAGAUGGUCAGGUGGAUAGACCGGACGUGGACAUGUGUUGGCUUGCAGCAUACGGUGGAUCUGCGUCGUCGCGAGUCGGAGCGAAAGAGAAGCAGGCAGCAGCGUUCGAUUCGAUCCUGAAGUCGUUCAACGAUGCUCAUCCUGCACCGUCAAGUGGUGGACGACUGGAUCGCAGCACGGAUCCUUCGAUAGUGGCGAGAUUUCGUGCUGUUUGGGAGAAGUUCUUCCACGAGCAUCUCUCGCUCACCUCUCAUCCCGGUGCGCCGUUUUCGCUGGUCACCUCGGAAGAAGCCACCCGUCGUCUUCUCAGCACAGUGCUUUGUACAGGUGACGUGCAACUCUUCCGUUCACUGUCCAACCACACGGUUCUCCCUCCCGCGGAGCUAGAGUCUUUGGUGCUGGACGUCUCGACAUCGCUGUUCGACUCUGCACCCAUCGCGACCGCUCGCAGCAAAGAAAUCCGUUUAUCGCAAGACGUCCUCCUCGCCCUUCCGGACAACAGCAAAUCUGCAGCCCUCCACAGAGACUUCAUCGAAGCCUCCUGUCGACUGUCUGCGUUCAACAUCAAGUCCCCCUCAGGAGGGAGCCUUACACCGGUGGAGACCCGAACGAUGAAAGACCGACUCAAGCUGAUAGGUAUCAUGCUGUCCACGCAGCAGGGCGCGUGGAGGUCGUCGGAGCUGAUCCUGGAGCUGGCGAGAAAACUGUGCGGAGGAGAGGGGAGGGUGGUGGAGGGGAGGAUGUUGGCGAUGAUGAGCGAAGCGGCGGUGGCGGGGGAGGAGGACUUUGAGAGUGCGGCGAGGUUCUGCGAGAGGUUGAUCGAGUUGGUUAAACAGAAAGGGAAGAAGGAGGAGGAGGGGGAGAAAGAGGUGGUGAGGGAGAUCGCGUGGAAGACGUGUUUUGGAGUGGCGAAGCAUCCGGGCUGGGAGGAUACGGCGGCGAGGGUGGCGCUGUUGGGUCAGGCGAUGGUGAUGGCGCCCGCGGGGCAGUUGGGAGGGAUGCUGAGGGUAUGGGAGGGGUUGGAUGCGAUGUUGAGGGAGGAGGUUGAGGAUGGUAAGUGGGACGAGGGGAGGAGAGAUGGCUGGUUGGGAGGACUAGGAGAACGGGGAAGUGGGAAAGGUGCAGGAGGAAUGGGUGGGUUGAGUGCGAGCACGGCCGCCAGUGUCGGGGCGGGGUUGGUAGGUACCGCCGCCAACUAUUUGCCCUUGAGUCUGGGUUCGUACUUCGGAAACACCGGAGCUACUUCCAACGCUCGAGGUGCAGCGACAACGUCGACGGAAGCGACGGCAUCGACUGCCGCAGGAUCGACGCAUGGCGUAGAUUCGAGGACAGCCGCCCUGUUCGACUUUGACUCGGUCUCUGGCGCCGCAACCGAUACAGCUGGAUCCGACAUCAGCUCUUGCUCUCCACCCAAAUCUUGCUCGGUCGGAAGAUGCUGGAUAAUCUGCUUGAUGCUGUCCGCCUUGUCGACUAGGUCUGUGACGAGCUCGGAUAUCGCCGCAUCCAUCUCCUCGGGAGAUAUCGAUUCUGUCUUGCCAAGAAUCGUCAAGGGCCACACGGACAGCCCCGUAACGGUCGAUCCGAGCAUCGCGUCAGCAGGCAACGACGCUGCUACAGACUCGACAGCCAUGUCCACGCCCGCUUCAAGUGUCGGCUCACACGAUGCCCCUGCUGCGACAUCUUCAGCAGCGGCGGCAAUACCGACGGGCAAACAUGGCAAACAAGCUCGAGCAGCAUCACAGUCCUGGCUUCAGUGGCUAGCGGACAAGUACACGAUUCAACACGUCAUCCCAGCUGCCUAUGCGCCAGCUGCACUGCAAGUUGCCAAUACCGCCUUCCCACUUGGUCUCCUCUUCGGGCUGGUGCUUCCCCGCACCAUUGCGUUCUUGACCGAUGCUCUUAGCAAUCCUCUCACCUCGCUCAACACAGCCUCAUGGCAGAACGUAACUUGGUGGAGCUUUCCUCAGCUACACGCCUACCUGUUCAGCUGGGUCAUCUUUCACAUGCUCGAGUUCAGCGUCACCGCAUCCUACAACCCAACUCGACUCUUUUCCGACAGCUUUUUGCUCAACAACGGCAUACACUACCACAUUGCGCACCUCGUCUCCCUCCUCGAAUUUUCUCUCACAGCAUACUUCUACCCUGCCUCAAAGUCACCCUCGGUGUAUACGUUCGCAGGGAUCGCUCUUAUCAUCUUUGGCCAGACGAUGAGGAGUAUGGCCAUGAUCCAUGCGCACAACAACUUCAGCCACAUACUCGCCUACCAGAAACGAACGGACCAUCAGCUUGUCACCACGGGUGUCUAUGCCUGGACGAGACACCCGAGUUAUGUCGGCUUCACCUACUGGGCACUGGGCACGCAGCUGAUGCUGGGCAAUAAGUUGGCCAUGGUUGGGUUUGUAGGGACAUUGUGGUUGUUUUUCAGUAGGAGGAUCAAGGCAGAGGAAAAGAGCUUGGUCAAAUUCUUUGGCAAGGAGUACGAGGAUUAUAGGAAGAAGCGUACGGCUCUUGUGCUAAGACAACAGGGACAUGCCGUCACGGUCGAGUACGCGCUGUCGGCAGACCUCAUGGUCGAGGCUGCCGAGCUCGCCCAGCCGGACCUCAUCAUUUGCCCAUUUCUCACCAAGCACGUCCCACCGAAGGUGUACACCAACUGGAUGACACUGAUCGUCCAUCCCGGCCCGCCGGGCGAUGCGGGUCCGUCGGCCAUCGAUUGGUGUCUGAUUGGAGACAUGGGCGAGCUCGAAGAUGCGGAUCAGCAGCUCACUCUCAUCGACGCCAAGCAUAGUGCAAAGGCGGCUAGAUCGACCAUGCGAAGCCAUUGGGGAGUCACUGUUCUGCAAGCUAUCGAGGCGUUUGAUGCAGGUCCCGUAUGGGCGUUCGACCAGUUUGAGCUGGGUGCUGCCAAUGCGUUCAUGUCGAAGAGUGAUCUCUAUCGUGGUCCUGUCACUCGCGCUGCCCUCAAUGCUGUGGUGGCAGCGGUGGAACGCAUUACGCAAUGUGCCAAACGAGUUGCCGAACAGGCUGGUUCUACCUCAUUCCUGCCUAUUGACGCGUCGAUAGUUGCGCCGGCACAGUAUCGCAAACAGUGCGUCUCCCACGGCGUUCCUUUCCUGGGUGGCAGAACGCAUGAUCGACCCUUGCUACGGGCUUCUCAACGCGACUUUUAUGCGCUCCUCCCACAAGGUGGUGCUGGCAGCUCCAAGCCUCGUCUGUCCGCCGACGCCAUCCUGCAGCGUAUUCGCAGCGCCGACUCUCAGCCUGGCCUGCUGUCAAGCCUGUUCGGAACUCCUCUCUUCCUCUACAACGCCCACGUUCAGCGCGACCCUCUCCCUCCUGCGGUCGCUGCCAGAAGGUUGGCACUCGAUCAGCCCGGAACGGUGCUAGCGACCCGCGAGGGCGCUGUUCUUGUCGACGUGAGUGCCGACUUUCCCAUCUGGAUCGGUCAUCUUCGUCGACCCAAAGCCAAAACAGACAAGUACCUGCACCCGAAACUUCCGGCAGUCAUGGCGCUUCUCUCUAUGCCAGAGACAGCAUCGAAGCUCAGUCUGUUGGACGCGACCAAGGUUCCCGAAUGGAGCGCCACCGCAGGAUUUGGCAGCGAUGGUUCGCAGCCCUGGAAGCAUCGACCAGGCACGUACCAACAGGUAUGGGUCGAUAUCGAAUCGAGUCCAAAGAAUGGCUCUGUGGUGGCCUUCGUCCACGCGGACUUCUACAACGGCGCUUUCUCGACCACCCAGUGCGAGAUCCUGCUCGAGGCAAUUCAGUGGACCCUCAAGGUGCCAAAUCUCAAGGCUGUCGUCAUGCUCGGUGGUGCCGGCUACUUUUCCAACGGUAUCGCGCUCAACGUGAUCGAGGGCUCCGACGAUCCAUCCGCCGAAGGCUGGGCCAACAUCAACGCCAUCGACGACUGCGUUCAGGCGCUUCUCGCACCCAAGGGCAUCGUCACCUUUGCAGCGAUGCGUGGCAACGCCGCAGCCGGAGGUCUGGCAAUGGCGACUGCUGCCGAUUUCGUCAUUUGUGCCGAAUCGGCAGUGUUGAACCCGCAUUAUCGCGGGCUGGGGUUGUUCGGGUCCGAGUGGCAUACGUACUCGUGGUACGAACGAUGUGGUGCACGCGUUGCUGCCACGUUUGCUCGCGAGAUGCUACCAAUGAGCUCUCGCGAGGCGAAGCAGAUCGGCUUGGUCGACGUUGUUCUGGAGAAUGACGGGAUGAGUGCUGUGGACAUGCUCGCAUCCAUCAAGCAGCUCGUCAAUCAGGUCAUGGAUGCGACCGUUUCGGAAGCAGCGUCGAUGACGGAAGGUGUUCUCGCGUCGGGUGCGCCUUGGACUCGCUCUCUGCGACCCGCGUCUGCUGACGCUUCCCAGUCCGCACAAUUGUCAGAGCAGAUUCUGCGCAACAAGAUGCGCUACCUGGCCUACCUCUUCGCCGAUCACUCUCGUGGCAGCGAAGACGACGGAAGGAUGCUCACGUCGGAAGAACACUUCCAGCGCUACCGCAAGAACGAGCUGGACCAGAUGACGCUCGACUUUUUCCAUCCUCAUCGAAACCAGAGGUUCGCCAGUCGCUGCACGGGAUUCGUUCGAAAGCUCGUUCCCGGCUCGACCCCGAAGCGAUUUGCUCUUCACCGUCGGUUUGUCGGCGCCGACUGGUCCAAGGCAGUGGACGGUCCCGUCCCUUCCGACCGUCUUGAUGAAGAGGAAAGGGACGAAUUCGACCAUCUGGCCGGCAUUCCUCCAUCUAACGCCAUCGCGCGGCUGCCUUUGACCCGUCCCGAAUUCGUGGUACACAAGAUCGCACCGCCGAGAACCACUCGGGCCUACAGCGUUGGUCAGGACACCCUCGUAUCGGCUCUCGGCGUCGACAGCCAACGCACAUCGACCUCGACGGCACCGACCACUCCGCGGGAGGAAUUCGCCAAGCCCAUUCUGUCUAUCGGCGACGAAGAGGCCCAGCGAGUUGAGAUCGAGGUGGAGCAGCUCAAGGUUCAGCGUGUGGCGACCGGCGCUGGAUUGAUGGGCGACAAUGCGGCGGUGAAGCGUGGGCCGACGGUCAUCUCGUUCGUUGCCGUCGAGAAGAAAGACGCUGUUGCUGAUGUGAAGAAGCGUACUGGUGUCAAGGUGCGUGCUGAAACGGCCUCACCGGUUGCGGUCCCGCCCAGGGCUGCUGUCGGUAGGACCACGGCUGCGAAUGCGCCCGUGAAGGAGUUCGUCGAUUCUAGCAAGAAGAACAAGAUCCAGCGCUUCUUCAUCUCGUUUGGUCGCAAGAACCGUAGCGUAGUCCCGGCUGUAUCUGCUGCUCCUAUCUCCGCCCCGUCGAAACCAGCCGCACCCCUUGCUGCCGCUUUCGAGCCUACCCAGCCUUCCGCUACCCUCCCCCUCCCCACUACCGCGGCCCCACCGAUCGAUCCUGCAACACGUCAACGCCGUCGAUCGUCGAUCUCUGACGUAUUCUCCAUCCUCCAAUCCUCCCCUCACACCUCGACCGCCUCGUCCUCCCCUACCUCCAAAUCGGAACGACGUCGAUCCUGGAGACCCACCUCGUCCUCCGGUACCUCACCCUUCGACACCACCUCCGGCUUCCAGCCAAACGUCACGGCUACACCGAAGAUCGUCGAAGAAGCCGCGUUCGUUGUAGCUGGAGAGAAGAACGGGUCGACGCCGGCGGAGGCUGCGGAGGCGAACUGCUUGUGGAGCUGCUACUAUUCGGAGGAUGGAAUGAAGCGUGAUGUCAAUGGUGCGAUUCAUCAGCCGGUCGUUCAUGCUGCUUAG